UUAUUCGUCGGCUUCCCUUUUUUUGCCAACUUCUAGCUCCCGGGAUCUGAUCGUUACCUUGCAGCCUCCUCCUCGUCGGCCAUGAUCCAGGCGGUGAUGGUGAUCAGCACCCAGGGCAAGCCCCGCCUCCUCAAGUUCUACAACUUCCAGCCACCCGAGAAGCAUCAGGACCUCGUCCGCGGUGUCUUCCAAUUGCUAUCAGCGAGGCCGGACAGCGUGAGCAAUUUUGUUGAGGCCGAUGCAAUCUUUGGUCCGGGAACGAAAAUGGUCUACAAGCAUUUGGCCACACUAUACUUUGUUUUUGUCUUCGAUAGCUCCGAGAAUGAACUUGCCAUGCUUGAUCUCGUACAAGUUUUUGUUGAAACAUUGGACAGAUGCUUCAAGAAUGUUUGUGAGCUUGACAUUGUAUUUAACUUCAACAAGCUGCACACAAUUUUGGAUGAAAUGAUAUUGGGGGGACAGGUGAUUGAAACAAGUUCGGAGCAGAUAAUGAAAUCUGUGGAAGAGAUCUCAAGGCUGGAGAAACAAUCAAGCACAGUCAGCCUCAUACCAAAGUCGAUUUCAGAGCGUUUCAUCCGUUAAGUUUUCACUCACUUCCAGGACUGAACAUUUUUACAGCAUGAGCACAAGACAUAUGAUUGGCCCUCGAGCUUACCUUCAGUCUCGUUUCAGUCCUCUUAAGACCUGAAUAUUUGUCAUUUGACAUGAUAACUUAUUGGCUAACAUGCAUGUCUCACUGUAUCCUGCCCCGAGUUGUAAGUUGUAACCUGAAUGUGAAUCCGACAUGUCCAGACUAAUACUGUCUGCUUGCAUGCUGAUUGUCUGGCUGUGCUAAUGUGCUUGCUGAGGUUCAGAUAUCAUGCAUCUGUAGCAAUAUAGAGGGACAGUUUGGUUCUCAUUUA